GAAUUGAUCAUUACUCAGUUACACAAGAGAAGCCAAUGUGAGUGGUUGAAAUGCUUAGAACUCGUGGAAUCUGCAUUAGUGCUAAUCAUCUAAGGUGGUUCUCAGUCCAAAAUCAAAAAGCUACAGCUUCAAAUUUGGACGAUGAAGCCAUUGAGAGAAGUUGGAGCAUCGCCAAGCCAUAUGGGACAAUUCCUGGACCUUCAGUACUCAAUCUCAUCCGAAGUUUUCUUCCAAAAGGAAGAUUUCACUCUAUACCAUUUCCUGAAGUUCAUCGGCAAUUAGAAAAAGAAUAUGGCCCAAUAUACAAAUUUAUUGGAACUUUUGGAAAAAGAGAUAUUGUUGUUGUAACAGAUCCAAAAGAUUUUGAGAUUGUUUACAGAACUGAAGGAAGUUUUCCUUUGAGGAGGGCCAUGGAAUGUCUUAGCUACUAUCGAAAAGAAUAUAGAAAGGAAAAAUACCCAGUUUCAUAUGGUUUGGUCACUGAACAGGGAGAAUCCUGGUGGGAUCUUCGGCAUAAAGUAAAUGGAGUAAUGAUGAAGCCUCAAGUCACUAAAGGAUAUACAUCAGGUGUCGAUGAAGUGGCUAGGGAAUUUGUUAGAAAGUUGCACAAUAUGAGAGACUCAAACUCAGAAACACCAGCAAAUUUGCUUUAUUUCUUGAAUGUCUGGGCACUAGAAUCAAUUGCAUACAUCACAAUGAAUUUGAGAUUGGGCCUAUUUAAGGAAAAACCUGAUGAAAAUAUUGAUAAACUGAUGGAAAAUUUGAAAGAUAUCUUCCAAUUAGUAAUUGAGCUUGAAGUUGAACCAUCAAUUUGGAAAAUUUACAAAACACCCAAGUUUAAUCGUUUUAUGCAAAUUAUGGACUAUAUACAUGAAACUAUAGCGAGUCUAGUGGACAAAGGAGUGGAAAAUUUAAAAGAGCAAAAGCUGGAAAGUGGAAAUAGAGAGAAAGGUGUUUUGGAAAAAUUAUAUGAAAUUGAUAAAGAUAUUGCUGUUCUUAUGGUGAUUGAUUCAUUGCUGGCUGGUGUUGAUACCACGUCAUCAGCAACUUUUACUGUACUCUACAAUCUAUCAAUGAAUCCAGAGAAGCAGAACAUUUUGAGGUCAGAAUUGUUAAAAAUUCUACCAGAGAAAGAUACUCCACUGACAAUAGAAAACACAACCAACAUGCCUUAUUUGAGAGCGUGUAUUAAGGAAGCUUUGAGAGUCAUGCCAAUUACAAUUGGUAACCUUAGAUCUUCUGGUCGUAACAUCGUUCUGAAGGGCUAUCAGAUUCCCAAAGCAACUGAUGUCUUCAUGAAUACCAUUUCUGUAUAUGAAGACGAUCACUACUUCCCGGAUCACAGUUCCUUCAUUCCCGAGAGAUGGUUGAGAACAUCAGGGAAACAUGAGAACUACAACCCAUUUACGUAUCUGCCAUUUGGAUUUGGAAGUAGAAUUUGUGUUGGACGACGUUUUGCAGAAAUGGAAAUUGAAUCACUGGUAUCGAGAUUGGUGAGGAAUUACCAUCUGGAAUGGCAUCAUGCUCCCCCAAAGAUUCGUGCAAUGACCAUAAAUAUUCCAGAUGGUGAUCUCAAACUUCGCCUCAAAGAUUAUCAGUGAUUAAUAAAAUCCCAAAUAAAUUUAUACACUGAGAAAAAAAAA